UAUAUAUCCAUAAACAGUAGUGCCUACUUCGAAAUAUUGUAAGUGCAUCUCUUUUUUAAAACGAACUUUUCUUCGUCGUCUGACGGGGUGACUCCAAAAGAGCCUGUAAGUUACAAUACAUAAAUGAUGGUUUCAGGAGCGAAAAGAACCCUUGAUAAUCUCUUCCUUCUGCAUGCCUCCAUAUCAUGCAUAAUCGGGGCUACUUUGUUUAUAUUCCCGCACUUUGCUGAGUUGUUUCUGAUCCACCAAGAUAAUGAGACAGUCAUAGGCCUUACCGACCACACCGCCGGAGACGCACAAAAAAUCACACACUUGGUUCUUAGGCUUUAUGGAGCAUUAGUUCUCGGCCAAGGCCACCUUGUACUGAUGGCAAGGGAUGUGGCGGAUGCACCCAUGCGUAAGGUGAUUGUUCGGGUGUAUGCGAUAACGUUCGGUUUGACCGCCGUAGCACUUCUCCGUGCGCAGACGACGGAGGGAGGUAGUCUCAAUGGGUACAACUGGAUCAAUAUAGUUGUCUUUGCGUGGCUAUCGGCCUUCUAUGCGUGGUUUGUGCUGGUCCAGCCAAUCGCGAUAUUCGAAUCGCUGGAUAAAGUGAGCUUAUAAUGUGUAUACAAGACAGGAGUAUUGUGCGAAACCAAGGGGGGGGGGGCAUUUGAGGCAUCCGAUACAUCGUAGAUCGCCUAUUCAAAUCUUUCUCGACAAGUAAUUGUAACUCGGGCAAUUUGUAAAGACACCCGUCUGUAUAAUGAGUAGAACCGGAUUCGAUCACGACAAACACAAACGAGCGUACAUGAGCGUGUGCCUACGAAAACCUAUGAAAACAUUAUUAGCAGAUGAGCGCCAAAUAUCGAGAAGGAUAGUAUAUUGUACCAUGCCAUAUGCCGUGGUAGACAUCUACACGAACUCACUUCGGCGCCGAUAGCAAUGAUACAUUAUCAGCGGUAUCCCUUUGAGUAGGGGAGAAUCGGUUACAAGACCUUCGAAGGAGUUGCUUAUUUCAGUCAUCCCCUUACCUAGUUUGUACUCUGCUGGUCUGGGUGCCAAUUCCGUCGGUACCCGUGGCAUGUUAAUUAAAUUUAAGAAAUUGCUGGACCCUUGCUACCCGUGGAUAAAUGACUGUAAACCCGAAUGUGAAUGGAUGUCCGCGUCGGUUGACGAUGGAUUCACUUUACCAAUAAAGAACUCACUUACAAAAUUGCAG